GCAGAAACUUCUUCCCACUUUCAAAUUACCCCAGAAUAUGAGAGGAUUAGGGUUUCAGAAGGACUUGAAAUUUUCAUGGAAAUCCAUCUAUCCUAUGCUAAUUUCAUGUAUCUUUGUUAUCAUCUCCCAAUUAUCACUCACCCUAAUACCUCACUACUUCAGUUCUUCCCCUCUUCUUCUUCAACUCUGCUUCUCAGUUGCUCUUCUCCUGAUUAUUACUGUUCUUUGUCGAAUUCCAAAGCGCCUUCUCAAAAUUUAUGCAUCAGCUCCAGCUUUCGUCUUCUUCAAUAUCUUCUUCAUGUGGAUCGUUCAUAACUUAGUGAUUCGAACAUCUGUUUCUCUAGUAACGAAUAUUGUGUUAAAUGCUGAAUGUGCUUUACUCUUGUUUGGGUUUCAUAGUAUUCUUUACAGUGAUCCUGGUUGGGUUAUAAAUGAAGAUUCAACUUCAGACCAGCUAAUCGAGACUGAAGUUAUUGGAACGGCGUAUUUGGAGGAAGAAGAGGUUUUAAGAACCGAGAACUCUUUCCCAACAAUGAGGGUAAGAUAUUGUAAGAGAUGUAAAGCAUACAUAAAGGGAUUCGACCAUCAUUGUCCAGCUUUUGGGAAUUGUAUAGGUCAAAACAAUCAUUUGUUGUUCAUGGUUCUUCUCGUUGGAUUUAUUACUCUCGAGGCUUCUUAUAUUGUUUGCUCAAACCAAUGUAUGGAAGAAAUUACUAAGUCGAAGGUCACAGGCAGACCCAUGUUGGAGAGCACUCUGUCUGGAAAGUUGGUUAUCAGCACAAUGCUUUUCUCACUUCUUCAAGUGCUAUGGAAGGUUAUAUUUUUUAUUUGGCAUAUUUACUGUGCUUGUGUCAACAUUAAAACUGAUGAGUGGAUUAACUGGAGGAAAUACCCGGAGUUCCAACUAUUUCAUCCCCAAGCUGUUACAUCCAGGGCAAUCCUAUCCGGAGAUAGGGUUCAUAAAUCCUUAUGAUAAGGGUGUUUUGGCUAACAUCAAGGAGAUUCUGUCACCGAGAACAUAAUCCAUAUAUUAAUCCAGCUGUUUUGCCAUCUGUCUUGGCAACGACAUGGUGAAGUUCCCAUAGAAAACCACAGCCGUCUCUCAAGUCAAUUGAGUUUCUCCUCCGAAUAAUAAAACCUUUUUGAUCCCGUAUUGCCAUUGGGUUUAAGGUAUGUUCGGGCGGGGUUUUAAUCCGCCCUGGUGGUGAGCAUGCCACCUGGAACGACCGUGAGUGCUGCGGCCAUCAUAACCCGCCGGUGUGGCCUGACCGCCCCAGCGUCCUUGGUGGAACCAAGGAGAACACUCUUCGGCUCAACCUGUCUCGAUGCCGAUUGAUUAGUUCGGCUUUCCCGUCUUGGUGGAACCAAUUGAGUUUCUCCUCCAUCCGGGUGGAUGAAGCAUGAAGGGAUAUACUGCUAGUGCAUGGAGCACCUUACAAGGAAAGUGGAAUUGGCUUUUCCUUUGCACAAACGCUAGGGAAAUCCAUGAUCUCUGGAAAAUACUGUAGAAAUCCGUGUAACACAAAAUCUGGAAACGAAGGGAAGUGAUAUAGCCGCAAGCUGGAGUAUUGGUCCAAAUUCGAAAACAAGAAUAGGAACACAAAAUCUGAAAAUAAAGUGUGGUAAGUGGUGCUGUAGGAUUGCAAGACUGUUGGAGCGAAGUCAGGGAGAAGGAACAUUUCAGGGGCUUGAAUAGUGAUGUCAACACAAAAACAAGAGGUGUAAGUCAGAGUUAAAGCAGGACUUCUAGCAGCUUCCAGAUGGGCUCAAGAUCUGGAGCUGACCCGUUUGAUAUUUGAAAAUGGCAACAAGAAGGUUGCCGAUAUUUUGAAUGGUUCUUGUACUGCAGUUAUUCUUUUUGAACCAUUGUUAUGUUAUUAAGUGAUGCAAUAGAUACCUCGUGGACAAUUUUAAUUGGAAGUGUGUAUAUUUCCUUGGGUACUUCCUGCUUUUCUGGUGGGGGUGCUGCAAAAGAAUGCAACUGUUUUGCUUAACGAAA